GGUUCUUUUGGGUUUCAGUUUAGCACAAAGUCAUCACUUGAAAGAUUAUUAUUUUCUUACUUGCUUCUGUUCUCCGGCAAUAAGAAGCGUGGAAGAGUUUAGAUUCAUUUCCGGUUAGUGAUUCCAGAGGUUGGUUGGACAGUAAUACAUACAAACCGAUAAGGUGAGAUCCGCCGCAGCCGCCAGAGUUGUAACUUGUAAGACUGAAUCUCAAACCCUUUCUCCUUUUCCGUUUCUUAGUCGGGGAUUUCUCUUCUCCCUCUCUAUCUCUUUCCGCGUUUUCCUUAUUUUGUUUCGGAAUCGGAAAAGAGCGAAUUCAAUAAAUAGUAAAGAGGUGCCUGCUCUCGAUAUAGACAUAUCAGUUUGAAAGAGAGCACCAAUGGCUGAUGGAGUGAAAGAUUGGUCAGAAUUGGGGGAGGAUCUACUGUGUAUGAUCGGACAGCGGUUGAUGACAAUAGAGGAUGUCAUUCGAUCUCGAGCUGUUUGUAAUCCAUGGAGUCGAGCCCAGCUGGCCGAGCAGCAGCGCAGGAUCCCCCCAUUCACGCAAUGGCUGAUGCUACCGUAUUGCACUAGCAACAAUAUGAACAUGGCCAUGGCCAUGUGCAGUACUGUCAUCGACUCCCCAGCUGCUGCAAUUCCGAUGCUUGGGUGUAAAGGUUCCAAGAACUGCCGCUGCUUUUACGACGUGGCGCUGCAUCGAUUUCACCACAUUGAGUUCCCUCCAGGCUUACAGGACAAAAGUUACCGCGGGUCCACAAUGGGCUGGCUGUGCAUUGUAGAUAAAACGCCUGGUAUCUCCUUGUUGAACCCUCUUACCAAGACUGAGAUUCCUCUGCCACCCGCCACGUCUUUCCCUGGUGUGUUGGCCUACCGCCCUGAAAAUGCAGAGCUUGAAUACCAUGUUCAAUCAGCUGAUGGCUACAUAGAAUUAAUUAGCAAGAACUUCUUUGAGAAGAAGUACCUGAAGAGAGUUGUAAUGUCAGUGGAGCCCACCUCGGAGGAAUGCAUUGUGAUGGCCAUCCGUUGGGACGGCUAUGAUGAUCGCCUAACAUUCUGCAAGCCUACUGAAAUUGAAGCAGGAUGGAAGUUGGUUCCUCAUGAAGAGGAGAAUGGUAUACCCCCAGGUAAGAUUGGUUUUGUUGAUGUGGUCUUUUGGAGGGAUCGAUUUUACGCCCUUGAUUGGGGAGGAAGGAUCCUGGUGUGUGAUUUUUCUGCUAACCCACAUCACCCAAUCCUGUCAUUCCUUCUUGAUUUUCCUCCCAAUGUUUACUGUUACGGCAAGGCCGACAAUCAGUACUUGGUUGUAUGUCCAGCUACUGUUACUGGAGAUGAUGAUGAUCAGUUGAUGAUGGUAUCUAGAUUUACGGAAAUGAUGGACAUUGACCAUCAAUUAGACAACGGAGAAGCGGCCACCAAAACUUACUGCACCGACAAGUUCAAAGUUUUCAAGAUGAAGAAAGAUGCUAGUGGAUGGGAUGAGCCAUCGACAGCGGAAGCAUGGAGGUCAUGACAUGGGUGUUUACCACCUUGCCACUCACAAAAUCAAGCCUCUCUAUUCUACCACCUCUUUACAUAAUAACCCUUCGAUGAUUUCUCCAUUACCUCUAUGGUUUUCUCCGUCUACUGUUUUUCGCCAAUAAGGAGAAAUCAACUAUCGCCCAGUUUACUCUUAUAUCCAUUCUUCUAUAGGAAGUUCUAUUGGUUAUCUAGUAUUAGUAAACUUUGUAAUCUAUCGUUAUCAUGCUACCUGCAGCUUUGUAAUCUCUUUUUAUU